AUGGGAAAGAAACGAGUUUUGGUCACUUACGGAGUUGACAUUGACGCCGUCGCCGGAUGGCUGGGAUCGUAUGGCGGAGAAGAUUCAACCAGUGAUAUCAGCAGAGGUCUCUUCGCCGGCACGCAUGGAACGCGACGCCUUCUCAAGUUGUUUGAAAAGUACAACAUCAAAGCAACCUGGUUUAUCCCGGGACACAGCCUCGAGACGUUUCCGGAAGAAUGCGCUAUGGUUCGGGACGCCGGCCACGAGAUUGGACUUCAUGGAUACUCACACGAAAAUCCGUCAGACAUGACGUUCGAGCAGCAAAAGGACGUUCUCGACAAGACGUUCCGCUUGCUGACCGACUUCUGCGGCAAGCCACCGCGAGGCAGUGUUGCCCCUUGGUGGGAAGUCAGCGAGGCUGGCACAGAGCUCUUGCUCAGCUACGGGAUCGAGUAUGAUCAUUCCAUGGGCCAUGAGGACUGUCAGAUGUACUGGCUUCGGGCCGGCGACACGUGGACCAAGAUCGACUACAACAAGCAGGCCAAAGAGUGGAUGAAGCCUCUUGUUUACGGCAAAAUGACCGGGCUGGUUGAGAUCCCUGGAUCGUGGUACAUAGACGACUUGCCGCCCAUGAUGUUCAUCAAAAACUCUGCCAACAGUCACGGCUGGGUGAACCCGAGAGACAUUGAGGACAUCUGGAAGGACCAUUUUGACUACUACUACCGGGAAUUCGACGAGUUUGUAUUCCCAAUGACCAUCCACCCGGACGUUUCAGGUCGACCACAUGUUUUGCUUAUGCACGAAAGGAUCAUCGAAUACAUCAACAAGCAUGAAGGCGUUGAAUGGGUUACGAUGGAGCAGAUGUGCGACGAUUUUAAGAGCAAAAACACGCCCCCGGAAGGCGCCCUGAUGCCGGCUCCGGCAGGAGAGAUCUUGAAGAAUCCUCCAUUGCUGAGCUGA